UGCUUUCGAUCCUUCUGUGCUUUUCGAACGACGCAACCAUCUUUCUCGUUUACCUUCGCUCAUAUACGCAAUUUCGGGUGCUUUCCCAAAAGUUCACUAGGUGCACCUCUCAAACUGUUGAGAUUCUCGCCCCACCAGCAAGGAUGGUUGCAGGACGACUAUCAUUGGCAGAGCAGAUAGCGCAGCUGGAAGAGACAGCACCUACAGAUUAUGACCCGGAAGAUCAAUUAGCACGUGAGGCUGAGGUUGACGAAGAGAUGCAUGUAGACUCAUCCGUUACACGAGAACACUAUUUGGAUGUUAGGUCAAGCUCUCUAAGGAGGCUUCUCCCUAGCGUCGCAGAUCCGAAAUAUGAAGGUGUCCGGGCAUCGCGAAAGCAACUGUUGGAAGAGUCAGACGACCAAGGGUCCAGUGACGAGAGCGAAGGAGAAGAAGCUGAACACGGCAAAGAAGAGGAAUCUGAUCUAGAGGAAGAGGGUAGCAACGCGUCAGAAGAGCCAUCGGACGAUGAAGCUCCGUCAGGGAGUGAAGAAGACCUGACCGAGGAUCGCGAAGGACCUGCGCCCGUCCAGCAUGGGGAAGGGCAUGAGAAGGAGAACGCAGGAACUGGCGAAGAUAUUACUUCAAUAUUAAAAAGGUCAAGAGAAGAGGACACGAAAAAAGGACAUGCCGUAAAGAGACAGAUUGCAAUGUGGGAUGCCUUACUCGAUACGCGAAUACGGCUUCAAAAGUCUGUUGUGUCUGCCAACAGACUACCACCAGCUUCCCAAAUGAAGGAUUAUCUCGACGACUCUAGAUGUCAAGAUUCCGUCUCAAAGUUCCUCAACGAAGCAUCGCUGCUAACAGAUGAAUUAUUCGAUCUGCAAGAGGCGCUGUUGAAAGCCAACGACAUCACCACACCACCUGCACGAAAACGACGGAGACUCAAUCUCGACGAUCCAUCAUCGGAGGGAUAUUCCGAGGUGUUUGUCGGCGCGACUGAAGAUAUUGUAGCUCUAGAGACGGCGUUGCACCCGUAUAUCUUGCAGACGCUAUCGAAAUGGUCUGCCAAAAUACAAGCGGUGGCUCCAUCCGUCCUUCUUCCUUCGAAUCGUGGAUCAUUCCUGAAAGGAAAUCAAGACGUCAAGUCUGUCAUGCAACUCGUCGACGAGACCCUACAGGAACAUUCCAAGCUCCUGCAAAGAACACAAGUCGUGAGGGCGAGGAGAAGCCGCAUAGGCGUCCCUUCAGCCCGGGAAGGCGACGAAGACAACACGAGUAUAGAUCCCGAAAUUUUCGACGACACUGACUUCUAUCAGAAAGUCCUGCGAGAUAUCAUCGACGCACGGGGCAGCGGAAACAAAAAUGAGGAUUGGAUGCUCCUCCAAAAGCAGAAAAAGGCGAAGAAAAAGGUUGAUACAAAGGCGAGCAAAGGCCGCAAACUUCGGUAUGAAGUCCAUGAAAAGAUUCAAAACUUCAUGGUACCUGUUCCUGUUCCAGAUGCCUGGCAUGAAGAACAGAUUGACGAGCUCUUUGCGUCACUUCUCGGGAAAGGGUUUGAGAAUGUGGCCCUGAAUGCAGAAGAGCCGGAGGUGCAACAGAGCAUCGAGUUCAGUGGAUUUAGGGUUUUCGGGUAGG